CCCAACUACCCCCAGUCCCCAUUCCUCGAAGAAAUACCUCUCUCGUCGACGAGAGAGACUGCCGACCGACGACCCGACCCUCAAGCUGCGACCCUCCGAGUCUACCGACGACGGCGAGCGAACCGGCGAACCCUCUAGUCUUCCGACGACGGCGAGCGAACCCUCGAGCAAGCCUUCUCCUUCCUUCCGUCGGAACAGAAGCAAGCCCUCCUGGACAGCCGUCUCCCUCCGCUUGAGCAGAGACCGAGUCAGCUAGCAAUCUUUUCCGUGGACAGCCUUCUCGUUCCAAUCCAAAUAUCACUCUUGAGCCGUCUCCCUCCGCUGGACAGCCUUCUCGUUCCAAUCGCUGCUCAUUUUAUCUGUCAUCGACUCCAUCACAAGCAAUAGUCCAACAAUCCAAGAGGGCCAACAACAUCCUGAAGUCGACGUUUCCCCUUCUGCGCGGGACAACAACAUCCUAAAUAGGGGAAGCUGUUGUUGCGGCUUCCACCGCUUCAAUUCCCAGUUCAGGUAACUAUUCAGGUCAUCCUGCAAGAAAUUGAGUAAUGAAGAUAAAGGAGGGAAAUGCGGGUCUAAUCAUAAACUUUGAGCUACUGCAUUUGCUGAAUUCAAGAGGUGCUGCUAAGGAUACCACCAGAGUGAUGGCUAGUGUGGGACGCUCUGAAUACAAGGUUUAUGAUUAUUUGGUGGGGACAGUUGCCUGCAAUCAAACUAAAGAGCACAUCAAUGAGUUCUUGGAAAAGUCUCAGAAAUUUAAGCUUACCAAAGCUGAGAUUCUGAGCAUCAUCAACACCAGGCCUUCCCAGUUAGUGGAGCUUGACCCGGUUGAUCGUAGAGCAACAAGAACAGCGACCAGAGCUUGAUAUGGAAGAACUGUUGGAGUUGAUCUUGCAAGUUUUGCCACCUCCUCCAUCAGAAACAGAACCAGAACCUGAACCAGAAUCAGAACCAGUUGAUGAGGACAACAAUAAAACUGCAGAUGCUGAAAAGAAUGUUCCCGAUGAGUAGACUAACUGUUCAGGGAUCUUUCCUCUCGAUACAUAGACUGAAAGGGUAUCAGUUGAACUGCAUUGUUAAUUUUUUUAUCAGUUGUUGCAACAAGUACAUGUUGCUGAUGUUAGUGAUCGGGUUAGUAUGAUAGAUAACAGCAACAAACCAUGAUCAGUAGGGAUCCAGGCCACUUGUUCUUUUAGUGCAUGCCAGGCUAUAAUGUUACAACGGAAAGCUUCGGACAAUUGUCAAUGUUAUGCUGUAUGAUAUAACAGAUUAUAAUUGCCUGCAAUGCAGUUGUAGCUUAUUUGAUUUAUUAUCAUCUCUUGGAUUACUUGCCUGUUUGAUAUAGCAGAUGCAAAAAUUAUGCUUUCUUGCGCAGGUUAUUGGACUUUGUGUA